CUGGGCUGAGGAGUGGGAGAUUAACCUGACUGUGUGAGCUGUACUUUAAAACAGUACGGCGUGCAGAGCACUCACAUACACUCAGCUCAGGAGGCAAGACUUUUACUGACCUGAGAAGACACAACUGAAGACACAGGUCAUAGUUGGUGGACUUCCAGUGGGACCUACCUGGGAGAGAGAUUAAGACCUCACUGAGGUGCAAGUAGAGUCCAGGCAUUUGGGACACUGUGUUAAGAGCAGCAGCAGCAGUGCUUUAGACUGGUUGAGAUGGACGCUGGGCCGUUGGCGGUGGUGGCCGAGGGUUCUCCAGAAGGAGAGACGGUGUGUGCCGCUCUGGCCCGCUAUGAGGCCACCCUGCGAGAUGCAGUGCGUGAGAUCCACGUGGAUGUGAGUGCCUUCAAGCUGGGCGUGGAGAGGCGUCUAGAGGAGGCGCUGCGUGUGAGUGGCCCACUGGGGCGUGCCGUGGCCCAGCUGCAGCAGGAGAACCGGCAGCUGCGGGGUCAGCUAGAGGCCCUCACCCGGCAGGUGGAGAUGCUGAGCGGGACAGUGUGUGACAGGAGCGCUCUGCUGAGCACCGGACCACCGCAGUCACAGUCCCAGGCCCAGGCCCAGAGCAGCCCGACCUCAAACCAGCUCACUUCUUCUCCCCCUGCCCCCAGCGUGGGUGCACUGACCGGCUCAGCCAGCGGUUCAGCUAUGAGCCCCACUGCCACGCGCUUCUCCAGCAGGGCCACCUUCUCCGUCACCAGCAAGAACAACAGUGUUGAACGUGAGGAACCUAUUGAGGUGGAUCCAGCUCCAGCCCAAACUGGCCUUGAAAAUGGACAUGUAUCUGCAGCAGCAGAAAACUUCACCGUGCCUUUAAGACAGAGUCCUCCCCCCAUUGGGGUGCCACAGCGAAAUUCAUCCCCAGUAUCUAUGGCGAUGCCACACUUGCCAAUCACUGCAACCACCAAAGUAGCAGACUCUCCAGCGCUUAAGGGUCCUGAGUCACCAAGUAGUCCAAUGCAAUCAGCUCCUUCAAAUGUCACAGAUACACAGCCAGGCAGCCAGACAGACACCAGUGACAACCAGCCACAACUUGAAUCUCCUAUUCAUGCAGUUUCUUCUGUGAAAACAUGGACUCCAAGUCCUGUGAGGACCAUGGGCUCCCCACGGCUCAAUGAGAAAUUAUCUUCUUCUGCACCAUCCAAGUCGGUGGCUUAUUCAGGUUACUCAGGCCUCAACCAGCACAACACAGACAGGGAUGUGGAUAUUCCAGGAGAGCUGUCCUUUGGCAGGGGCAUUGAGCGCAGACGGGAGCUUGUGAGGUCACAGACUCUCCCUCGCAGCCUUGGAGCCCAGGCACACAGGUCCAUUUUCGAGCGAAUAGACUCUGAGAACAACAGUCGGCCAAAACCCGUGGACUCCAAACCCAAGCUGAAGCGUUCUCAGAGCUUUGGGGUAUCCAGUGCAAGCAGCAUCAAGCAGAUCCUGUUAGAGUGGUGUCGCUCCAAAACUAUUGGAUAUCAGAACAUCGACAUCCAGAAUUUUUCCUCCAGUUGGAGUGAUGGAAUGGCCUUCUGUGCCUUGGUGCACUCAUUCUUCCCUACCGAGUUUGACUACAACGCCCUGUCCCCUGCUGACCGCAAGCACAACUUUGAACUGGCCUUCAGCACUGCAGAGAAGAUGGCUGGCUGUGACAGACUCAUCGAAGUGGAGGACAUGAUGGUGAUGGGCAGAAAACCUGACCCUAUGUGUGUCUUUACCUAUGUGCAAUCUCUGUACAACCACCUACGCAAGUUUGAGUGAGCCACUGUGCCAUCACAGAAUGCUUGAGACUUUUUAUAUUCAGCAACUGCUGAAAAGUGCAACACUGCCCCCUGCUGGACUGGAUACAGGUCUAGUUCAGGAUAUCAUGAGGUGAAAAGGUGCCAAACAAGGAAGAACAUUAGUGUUAUUUUCUCUUGUUAAAACAAUACGGUUGUAUUUUUGUCAAGAAAGGCCACUAUUUAUUUCAUGUCCAUAUAACUGUUUGUGCUGUUUAAGUUUAGGGCACGGAUGAAUGCUGUACACUCUGACGUAUGUAUUGUCACAGAGGACACAGGAUUUGAAGGAAAUUUUACCUGAAAUGAGAUGCCAGCUAGUACACUGCAAAAACAGAAACAUUAUUUCAUCUUUAUAGUCAAAUACAUAGAUAUGUACAGAAAAAAGGUACAGUAUAUUGCUAGACUUGAGACACUUCACAUUUUUUUUAUUUGCCUUUUUUUUCUAUUUAUCUUCGUCGUUGUUAUGAAAGUGUGGUUUCAAGUACAAGCAUAGGUUUGUCAGAAUUUGUGGUUUUGUCCAUUAUAUCUGUAGUGCAUCACCCCAGCCUUGCCAAAGCUUACCUCUUAACACCAUGCACCAUGCAAGUGUUUCUCAUCUAACUGCACACAUUAGUAAUACUCCUGUAAAUUUGAUGAGAAUAAAGCUGGAUCCACAACAGUAGACUCUGCAUGGUAAGUGAGAAGUAAAGCUUUGUUUAUUGUUGUGCAUUUUCUUGUUUCAGGAUGAAAGUACAUUACUCUUUGUGGGGUUACAUGAAUCAUAUUAAACAAUGAGCACAA